AUGAGCAUCGGUCUUGGAGUGGCCAUCUACGCAGCAGUAAAACCAGUACUGAAGAUCUAUGUGAUCCUGUUUGUGGGGUUUCUGCUGGCUAAAUACAACCUUGCCACGGUGGAAACGUCUAGAGGGGUGUCCAACAUGGUGGUGAAUGCAAUCCUGCCGUGUUUGACGUUCAACAAAAUCGUGGGGAGCAUUUCCGCAAGAGACAUCAAAGAAGUGGGUGUUCUGGUGCUAACAGCGCUGGUGAUGUUUGUGACGGGCGGGGCGUGUGCUUUCAUCACCAAAUGGAUCACCAAGUCGCCCAAACAGUGGUAUUGGGGCUUACUGUUCGCCGGCAUUUUUCCCAACAUUUCAGACCUUCCGAUCGCCUACGUGCAAAGUAUGAGCAACGGCACCGUUUUCGACUCCUCACAAGUGGAUCGCGGUGUGGCUUAUUGCUGCAUUUUCCUCUGCACUCAGAGUUUCUUGCUAAUGAAUUUCGGGAUGUUCAGACUUGUGGGACUAGAUUUCAGAGAACCGGAAAAAGACGCCGAACAAGGCCUAAAUACCGACAAUUUGGAGUCGGGGAGGACCAAACCAGACCCCAACACCGACCUGGAAACGGACACACGUCGUCACAGCAGCGAUCUUCGAUCGACUAAUUCCAGCCUUGAAACUGAAAAUAAAGACAGCAAGGUGCACCACGAAAGUGCAAAAAAUAGCAGUAGACACUCUAUGGGGGCUGAAUCCAAUGCAAUCAGCAGUUUGUCCUCGGAAUCUGAGUCCAGUGAUGAUGAUCGCGACGUCAAUAGCUUCAAUCAGGGUCCACGUCGGCGCUCUACAACGUCACAAGCCAGAAGUCAAGCGAUGGCUCCUGUCCCCAUAUCUGCACCUCUUUAUAAGCUGUCCUCUGCAAACUCUGCGUUCAGCUCCAGCUCCAGCUCCGCCGGCUCGCGUGCGAAAAAGAAUGGGAGAAGAAGACGUCCAUCACAAAACAUGCACAGCGUUAUCAACGAGUACAGUGCCGCCAGCAGGAUCAAAACUGGCGAAAUGGACCUCACCAGACCUUUGUCAUUGACACAAGAGGUCGGUGAAGACAACGCCUUUCCAGACACCGAAAGUGACGAUGAAGAGGCGCAUUUCGAUCGCAAACCGACACAGCAUUCAAAUCUGGAUGCCACAUCACAUCCGCCACUAUCCAGACACACAUCUAGUAGCUCCAAGGCUGAAAAAACCUCGAGAUUCAGCAAAUUUAUAAAGAAAUACAAGAUGGGAUGGCUGGUGUACAUCGCAAUUAAUUUUUGUCGUCCUGCAUCGCUUGGAGCACUCCUGGGCAUUAUCUGCUCUAUGAUACCAUGGGUAAAAGCCCUAUUCGUCCAUACAUACGUGCCCAUGCAUCAGGCUCCCGAUGGUCAACCCGUUCUAAACUUUUUAAUGGAUUUCACCGGAUACAUUGGAAAUGCAUGCGUGCCGUUGGGGCUUCUGUUGCUAGGAGGUACCUUAGCUCGACUUGAAAUUGAGAGUCUACCGCCUGGAUUCUGGAAGACAACUAUAGUGUUCACGAUUUUUAGGCUGGUCGUUCUCCCCAUCAUUGGCAUAGCAUGGGCUAAUAAACUAUAUGACAUCAAUUGGCUUGACAGCGACAUCGCUAAAUUCGUUGUGAUUCUCACUUGGGCCAUGCCUAGCGCUACGGCUCAAGUCUACUUCACCGCUUUUUAUACACCUUUGGAGGGUAGCCAUGUUCAGAUGGAUUGUUUGUCAAUUCUUUUCCUGAGUCAGUACGGAGUGCUGUUCAUCACAUUGUCAAUAGUUGUAAGUUACGCAUUGAAGGCUGAUCUCAAAGUUUAA